AUGGGAAGCGCUUCACCGCCUCGCCGCUGCAUCCGGCGAAACUGUCAUCCAGGCGCUACUCACGGCCGACUCGGAAGACCAACAACACUGGCCGCUCAUGAACUCGCAGAACUACGUCUGCGACUGUCGACUCCCACGCCGUCCAAGAACAAAACUGACAUCGUCAAGUUCGAUGACUUCACCUACAAUGACGAAGGCGACAGACGCCUUCACCUAAGCCGGUGGUUCUGCGAGGUGGACAUCGCAGUUGAAGCUCGGCAGUUGUCCACCGAGGUUGCGAGGAUUCGCUUUCUCCUCUCCAAACCAGGUGGCAAAGCGAAGGAGUGGGCGCUCGGUAAGCAUGUCGCUGACCCCGCUUGCCUCCCAACGAUGACGUCCAUGAAGAACGACCUACGGCUCGCAUUCGAGCCAACGCAGGACGAGACUGCUCAACGUCGACAUGGCGACCCAGGUCCACGUCUUCGUCUCCGGGAUGAUUACCAGCGUUCCUAUUUGACAAAGAAGACCCCGAGCACUCUCGAAGAGGCCUUCGCGAUUGAUUUACGCGAAGACUACAGCUCCCCGGCGUCGCAAGCGUUUGACGUCUUACGGCCUCUCGUACCUGAACCUGGACCAGAGCCGAUGGAAGUGGAAGCAAUCCAGCACUAUAGCGGCCGUCCUGCUCCGGCUCGACCUUCGAUGCGCACACCGCCCCCGUUGCGUUGCUUCCGUUGCAAGAAACCUGGACAUCGCGCGGCAGUGUGCCGCACGCCAACUCCGGUUGUGGCGAACGUCACAGCCCACGACGAAGUCGCCAUUACUUCUGCAAAAAAAACGGCGACGACCCGUAUGUCGACUCGACUCAGUCUUGCCGUCGAAGGAGCUCAACGCCCCUUCCGCGCUCUGCUGGAUUCUUGCGCGACGAACAACUUCGUUCGCGACGAUAGUUUGUCGGUGUUACCGGCGGACACUACUAUACGUGAAGGUCCUGGCGAUAUGGUCGUCAAGUAUGCUGACGGCAAGCCGCAGCAACUACCGCGGCGCUCUGUCUCCUUUGCUUACGAGUUCGAUGGAUUGCAGGGGUCGGAUGACUUCCUGGUGAUCGAACUUGGCGACGCCUUUGAUUGUAUCUUCGGUAUCCCAUGGCUUGCUCGCCACCAACCUCACAUUGACUGGUUGAGAAGAACUUUCCGUCCACGCGACAUCGACGUGAACGCUGUGUUGGCAUCCCUGAGCGGGGCCCUUAAUCAUUGUCCACAUGUUGCAGUCAUGGGCCCUGCCUCCAUGACCACUAUUGACUCCGAAGUGUGCGAUGGCCCUUCGUGUGCGGUUCGUGAGACACAUAUGACGCGGUCGAGCAUGGGUUCCCGUGUCACGGUGAGCAGAGGUUCCCGACGAGUGAAUACGACGUGGUUGAGCAUGCCCCCCCCCCCCCCCCCCCACACACACACACACGCGGCCGAACAGAGGUUCCCGCGGGCGGUCGAGCGGGAACUCCCACACCGAGAAAUGAAAGUGGCAGAUAAGCUCCUUGGCGAAGAAAAUGUGGUAGAGCGUGCACUUCCACUUGCGGUCGAGCGUGUGCCCCCGCCCGUGGUAGAGUGGGAGCUUCCUGAAGAAGACGAAGGGGAUGGUGAUACUCGCCCUGUCCGUCGUCCGGAUCGUCGGAAACCGCGACGUUCUCGCACAGCUUCACUGGACUCAGCUCCGCCUAAGUCCGAAGUCAUCUCGGUCCUGAUGAAAAACGAUACACUCGAGGUUCCCCGAGUACACGAUAUCGAGGUCGCAAGCCCUCCGUGCGACGCGAAUGAGAUCACUCAAUUGCCUGGUCUGUCGUGGAAACACUUCCUCCGCGAGCUGAAGCACGAGCCGAAGACGGCCCGUGAGGCGCGCUACGCCGCUCAAUCAUUGGCGGCACUCGAGGCCGCUGGCAAUCCAGUCGCCCCUCUUGUUCGUGAGUUUAUUGACAUUGUCCCCGACAAGGUCCCAGCAGUAUUCCCCCCCCCCCCUGGUGUGCGGCACGCGACCGAUCUCGUGCCCGGAGCGAAGUGUUGUGUGACGCGGCAGUGGCCACUUCCCCGCGACGAAGUCGAAGCAAUAGACGCCUUCUUCGAGAAUCGUCGGCAAGCCGGCCAUGUCCGUGAAAGUCUGUUGCCACACUCCAGCCCGACAUUUUGCGUGAAGAAAACAACCGGUGCAUGGCGCAUUGUCCACGCCAUCAACAAGCUCAAUGGCACCACCAUCCCGGCACAGACGCCAAUUUCUUGA